AUGGCCUCUGCAAGGAAACAUCUGAGAGACAGUCUGAUAUGUCCAAUCUGCAUGGGUCUUCUUACCAAGCCGAAGCUUCUACCUUGCUCACACACAUUUUGCGAAGAUUGUUUAACCGAAGUCCACUCAACUCAAGCACUGGGUGAUCGGAUAACGUGCGCUGUGUGUCGCUCUGUUGCAUCUGUGUCCUACAAUAACGUAUCCAACUUCCCAACCAAUCAAAUUGCCCAGUCCCUUGCAGAAGAUUUCAAAGAGAGAUCGGACAAAACGAGAACGGCCGAUUCAAUGAAUGGCGCUUCCUCUGGCCAACGUUGCACCGUGUGUGAUGCUGAUGAUCAAGGGCUUGCUACCUUCUACUGUCAGCAUUGUUCAGAAUUCCUCUGCGAUUAUUGUCUUGAGCAGCACGAUAGGUUUAAGAAGAAUGUCUUCCACGAGCUCGUUAGUGCUAGGGACAUCGCGUCAGGGAAAAUCAGAAUACAACUUGCGUGUCCGGAACACCCCAGAGAACUGCAGCAGUUCGUGUGUAUCACAUGUCUGGUUCGCACCUGUUGUAGGUGUUUGGAAGUGGGUCAUCAGCCUGACAGGCAUGAGGUCAUCGGAAUUGAAGAAGAUGAAGAGAGCCACAAAGCAACAGUUGAUCUUUUGCAGGAAAAAAUAGAACAGAAAACUGCUGUGAUACAGAGACAAUCGUCCUUUGUCAAGGAGCGGAUCGGCGUGGUUCAAAACAUCAUCGGUCAACGAAGGCAAGAAAUCAAGAAUGUCUUUGAGGGCGCUGUCGAACGAAUACGACGAAGGAGAGAUAAACUACUUGAAGAGUGCAACGCCUAUGAGAGAUCGCUCUGCGAAGAUCUUGAAGGAAUCAUCCAGUGUAACGAUGACUUCCUUCAGAACCUAUCAGCCAAGGUUAAUGUAGUCAUCGAAGAGUCUACUGCUCAAUGUGGAGACCAGUCGUUGUCUGAGCGUGCCGCACGAGUUGAUGAGAUUGAGGCUCUCGUGGAAGGAGACAAUCCUGUGAAUCUCAUGCUGAAUCUACAGCACUCCGUGCAGAAUUACUGA